UCGUAGGGCACUAUUUAGGUGGAGUAUGGUUUAGCCCAAGCUGUUUAAAGUUUUCUUACAGCCCUAAACCGAGCACGGUAGUAGAGACUUCUUAAAACCCUAAACGCGAAGAGAUAAUCACCGAAUACGCGGCCGUUCAAACCGCAGACUCCAUGCCGAAGUCAAAGCGUGACCGCGCAGUUACUUUGUCAAAGACGAAGAAGAAAGGUAGAGAACACAAAGAAUCGAUCGUGAAUUCGAUAAGGGAAGCCGUGGAAAAUUACAACUCUAUUUAUGUUUUCUCUUUUGAGAAUAUGAGAAAUCUUAAGUUCAAAGAGUUCAGGGACCAGCUCAAACCUACCAGCCGAUUCUUUCUUGGCUCAAACAAAGUUAUGCAAGUAGCUUUGGGACGGUCAGUUGCCGAUGAGAUAAGGCCGGGACUUCAUAAAGUUUCCAAGCUGCUUCGUGGAGAUGCUGGUCUUUUCCUUACAGAUAAGUCAAAAGAAGAGGUUGAGAGUUUAUUUAAUAAAUAUGAAGAAUAUGACUUUGCAAGGACAGGAAGCACUGCAACAGAAAAGGUGGAACUUUUGGAAGGUCCUCUUGAGCAGUUCACACAUGAGAUGGAGCCCUUUUUGAGAAAGCAAGGGAUGCCUGUUCGGUUAAACAAAGGUGUGGUAGAACUUGUUUCAGAUUUUGUUGUGUGUGAAGAGGGAAAGCCUUUGUCGCCUGAGUCGGCUCGUAUACUGCGGUUGUUGGGGAUCAAGAUGGCUAGCUUCAAACUUCACCUAAUUUGUCGAUGGAGUCCUGAGGAUUUUGAGCUUUAUAGGGAAGGUGUUGAUGAAUCAGAUGUUGAAUUAGCAUAAUGGAAUGGUUUAGGUUCAUGUACAAUUUGAAGAUUCACAUCUGUUGUCAAGUUAUCUAGGCUGGGAAUGCUGAUAUGAUUGAACAAUGCGGGUUUUGUACUAUGAUUUCCUAGUUAUGUUGUGUGUGGGCUUUGCUAUCUGUCCACACUAUUAGUAGAAGUUUUGAUACCUUAAUGUUGUGUUUAAGGCCAAUUAGGAUUGAGCAAUACUAUGUGUAAUUCGGUUGAGUUGUUAAGUUUGGAGUUGAAAGACUUUCCUGUUUCUUAAA